AUGUCUCCCCAAACGGCGAGAGCCGAUUUCGAGCCCAGGCUUGUUGGGACCCCACUGAGCGUCCUGCUGGGCAGCACAUCCCAGGGCACCCAUGGAUGUCCCGAAGAUGUGUGGGAGGAGGCUGCCGAGGCCUGUGCUGGUCUCUCCUCUGAAACCACGCAGGUGCGGGCCAGCGCCAUCGCCCAGGACGCCGACCAGAACUACGACUACGCCAGCAACAGCGUCAUCCUGCACCUGGACGCGGGUGACGAGGUCUUCAUCAAGCUGGACGGCGGCAAGGCGCACGGCGGCAACAACAACAAGUACAGCACCUUCUCGGGCUUCAUCAUCUACUCG